AUGCUUCUUCUCCCAAAUGAAUCAUGUAUUUCCACAAAACCUUGGACAGUAAUUGUUUUCACUGAUGGAUUAUCAUUAUCAUCUCUGCCACUUUAUUUUCUAACUUUUUAUAUUUUGAUUUUCAAAUGUCCUCCAGUUUUCAACAAAUAUCGAAUUCUUCUUCUUCGACAUUUAGUUUGUUGUUUUUUCAUGGAAUUUAAUAUGACAAUUAUUUGGCAAUUGAUUAUUAUAAUGCCAUUGAACACACUUUGCGCAAAUUCAAUCGCUUACAAUUUUCCAAAGAUGGUUUUCUAUAUUCAAAUCCACAUGAUGCUUUUUACAGCAAUUACCAUCUUUGAUUUAUCUGAUUAUCGAUUGAAAGUUGUUAAAACUGGAAGCCAAGAAAAAUUAGUGAAGCGAAUCAAUUUUUUCAAAUAUUUCACAUAUUUUUCAUUUUCAAUUACCAUGUCAUUUUUAUAUAUUUCUUAUGGAUCAAUCACAAAUGAAAAGUCAUAUAAGUUGCGAGUCCAACAGGUUUUUUGAAAAUAAAAUUUGGAAACUCUCUUUCUUUAUCACAAUGUUUUCAGAAAUUUGGAAAUUUGCCUGAUUUUGUUUGGUGUGACAAUUGUAUUUUCUUUGAUGACUCAUCAAAUAUAAUCAUAAUAUUUUUUAUUUCCGGAAUGAUUUCAGUUACAUUAGCCUUCUUUUAUUGUAUUAUAACAGCUUAUGCAUCAUUUUCAGCAUUGAAUGAAAUGAAAAAAUCAUUUUCUGUGAAAACUUUGGAAGUUCAAAAAAACUUUCUAAUAAGUUUAUUAAUAAUGGUAUACAGUAGUUUGGAAUGGGAAUUCCGAGAAUUUCAACAAAAUAACACUGUGUUUCAGAACGCCAUUCAUCUUUUAUUUAUUGCAAUUCCGUGCUUGAUUUUUUUCAUUGGUUGUUUUUCGUCAAUUUCAUACGAUCUCAUGUGUAAGUUGAGAAAAAUGUUCCUAUUUACGUAUAAAUUUUCUGAUUUCAGUCAUUAGCUAUGUUUGUGUUUCUUUAAUUACUCAACAUGGAUCUGCGUCAACUUUAAUUCUUCUGACAACAAAUAAAGCCUUACGAAAUGUGAUUAAAAGUUUUUGGAAAUAA